AUGGGGCUUAAUGCGAUCUCAUUAUCAAUGCUAGUUGCAGCAGCAUCUGCUGCACUCCAAACCUACUCUGUACCACCUGGAAACUUGGAUGGCGUGUCGUUACAUGUAGGAGCUGGCAUCUCUCAAAGUGUAGAUAAUUUAGCUGGCACUGAGCAUUCUAGUGGUGCUCGACCCUCUACUAGUGGUGGGCACACUGCACAUGUCAAUGGAUUUACAACUAUAUGUAGAGAUGGCGAAGUCAUUCACGUUGAUGGUACUUGUGUUCUUCCAGCGAUUUCAAGGAAGGUGUACGUCUAUGAGAUUCCCGAACAGCCUCAGGAACCCAGCGGCCCACCAUUAAAUAUUCCACCGCCUCGUGUCAACCACAAUGUCGUGUUUGUACGUCUACCAGAAGAAGGACCAGAGCCUGAACCCAUCAUUCUUCCUCCACCAAGGCAACAAAGUAUUGUCUAUGUCCUUAACAAGAAGACUGAAGAGGGUAGGCGUGUGAUCGAAGUACCAGCUCAUCCUCAGUCCAGUCCUGAAGUUUACUUCAUCAACUACCAAAACGGAGAAAAUCCGGCUCUUCCCAUUGGUAUAGAUCUUGAAACUGCUCUCGGUUCAGCAGCAGCAGCGAACGGUCUAGUCCUCGGUGGCGCAGGAGGACUUAGUGACGCUAAUGGUAGAUUUGGAGUAGCAGGAGGUGCUACUGGAGGCCAUGGUAAACUCGGUGGAGCCACUGGUGCCGCAAGAGACCAUAGUAGCCUCGCGUUCGGUAAAGUUGGAGGAGUCACAGGAGCUGCCGGUAGUUUCGUGGCGGAAACUGGAAACCACGGAGGUUUCAGCGGCGUCCCUACGAUCCUAUAUCGAACCCCGUAA